AAUUCGCCGAUGUUAUCGUACAGCAAGCGUGAUUCUAACGUUGAAACGUCCGUGUUUUUCUCCAGAGACGGCGCCGCGGCUCCUCUGAUGAUAUUCGAAGGCGACGAAGUGGUAGCGCCAGUGAGAUACGACCGCGUGUAGAUCGACGACGGCCGGGUGCUGGCGUUACUGUAUCGAUCUUGUCCCGAAGCAACUCCACCAAGUAACGGUUGACUUGAUGGGCAUUCUUCCGUUAGAUUUUUCCUUCCAUGAUGGCAUAGCGACUACGAGCUGCGAUGAAGUGUAUUCGUGUCUAUUUGGUUCCACGUUCGGCCAGUACUUCCGUCUUCGUGCUCUUCUCCCCCUUUCAUCCGCGUCUUCAUGUCCUUUUCCCUUUCCUCUUUCCCCCUUUUUUCUUUUCUAUUUAACUUUCUACAACUCUGUGUACAUGGCCUUGAAUAUUCUUGUGUCUGCGCGAGCACGUGGCUCGGUUGCCCGUGCAUCGGAGCGGACGAUCGAGUUUGGACUAUUAGAACUGUGUUCGGGUCUGGAAAACGGGUGCGAAUGGCGUUUCCCUUCGUCGACGUUGAUGUCGGCAAACCUUUUGAUAUUACAACAUGAAGUAUUUAUGGCAUGGCCGUGAACCAGAUUCUUGUUUCUCUUAAGACUUUAUCCACGCGACUAUACUACUAAGUCUAUAACGUUGUUCCUGUUACCACGUG